UCUUCCUCACCACUGGCAGGGCCACACCAAUUUCCUGCCCAGCCCAGCUGAGGCAGUUUUAGGGGAAUUCAAUUCACUCUGCGAGGAACCUCCUGCCUAUUACACAGACACUGCCUGCAGGACAGGACACACUCCGGAUCACCUACUCACCUGCCCUAAAAAAGGAUUUUGUUCUUCUUUUUCAUUUUACAAUCACCACCACCACCACCACCACCACCUUUGUGUCCACCAUGACCAGGUCCCAAAUCAUCUGCAAAAUUGUGAUCGCCUGCCUGGCCCUGUGGUCGAUCAUCUCCCUCAUCAUCAUCGUGGUGUGGGCCACCUCUCCGAACAUGAAGAGCGCCAGUCAGUGUCGGGCUGAUCUGCAGAAACUGACGGAGAAGCACGAGGGGGCCAGGGUGGUGUACGCCAAGAACAAGCAGGCCCUGGAGGAGAUGGUGGAGGAGGGCCGCGCCAACCAGACCCAGCAGCUCAUGGAGAUGGAGAGGUUCCUGAAGCACCUGGGCAAGACCAACAUGUCCCUGGUUGACUGUCAGCAGGAAAGCGUUAUUUUGCGUGGAAACAUUACAGUCCUGGAGAAAGAGAUUGAGAUGCAUAAAGAAAUCGAGGAAAAUCUCACUUCAGAAAUCACGCUACACCAAGAGCACAUCAAAUUCCUUCAGGAGAACUUGACACAGGCAUCUCAUAAGUGGGAGGCCUGCGAGGUUUUGCACUCAGCUGCUGAGAGACAGCGGAUAGCAGCUGAGAGCCAGGCCAAGGCCUGCGAGUCCAGCAAGCUGUAUUUACAGAAGCAGCUGCAGAGGUGCAAAGAGAACCAUCACGACGAGCCUUUGAAUGGCGGAGUUGCCGCACCCCAGAGUAGCAUUCUUGCCCUGGCCAUUGUCCUCUUCGUAGGUCUGCAUUUGAUAACAUGAACAUGAUGCUGAGCCAGUGAGGUCAUUGAAGACGAUUAAAGUGGAACACUGUUCUCCAGGACAAUAAGAUGGACCUGGACUUGAUAUUAUAUGGAUAUUAGUGCUGAGCGAUUAACCGUCAUAAAAAACUAGUUAUUAAACAAAUAAUUGACUGA